AUGGCCAAGUCAGGCAGUGUGCCCAGCAGCGAUCUCGAUCUCCUUGAUAUUGACAGUAUCUACCAACGCGCGGAGCUACUUAGCGAUGUGGAUAAUUUUACACUUAGCCCCUUGGGACAUCUCGCACUUACUUGGAGGGGAUCAGGUCAGGGUCACGGGCGAGCACCGAACAUUGGAGACGAAAAUGUCCCUUCCCAUUGCCAGCCCAUCCGCUGCCUUGUUGCAGACCUCCCGGCCCCUGUCCGCCCUGUCGAUCCUCUUGUCACCAUGGUCCUGUUCAGCCUACUACCCUCCCCUCCACAAUUCUUCACACAUUUCGUACAACUAGCCGUCUCCCUCUUCCACUCAAAGACCCAGAUUCGCAAGCAACUACUUGCCCGACGCCGCUCGCCCUACUCAUACGACAUUAACCAACAUACGGGUUUCUUCCCCCCGGAGCCGCUCCCGAAAUUGCCACCGUCGUAUGAGAUAUGGGAGCAAGCGCUCCGCGAUGCAAACGGAAACCUGAGUUUGGGCGAAGACGAGUCGGAGGAUGCGCUGGAACGACGCCCAUACGGUUUGGAGUGGAGAGCCAGAAUACAAGAGUGGCCCGUUCUUGACACAGCGCCCCUCCACAAAAACCCACGUUUGGCACAGCGGGCCCACCUCGUUCUCGCAUGGCUCGUCAGCUUCUAUGUUCACUCAAUACCCCCCACAACCUCCACGGCCAACACCAGCUCUGGCAGCGACAGCGAAGACCGAGCGGAGCCUCUACGAGUUCCAAAGUCGCUUGCCGUUCCGUUGAUGCAGGUGUCUCGUCAUCUGGGCUUGGCGCCUGUAUUGACAUUUGCGGACACAGUUCUGUGGAAUUGGGAAUUGAUUCACCCAAGCCGGCCCCUAUCCCCAGACAAUAUUCGUUUCGUCAAUACAUUUUCAGGUACUGAUGACGAGAAAAAUUUCUAUUAUGCCUCUGCUCUUGCCGAAUUGCGCGGGGUCGAGAUCCUUCGUAUCAUUGACGACUUCAACAACCUCCCAAUCGGCAGCGACCUCGCAUCGACCACCAAAGUUUCGAGAGACCUUCAUCGUUUGGCUGGUAUCAUCGAGGAUAUCACCGAAAUCAUCACCUCCGUCCGCUCUGCAUGUGACCCUCACGUUUUCUACUGGGACAUCCGGCCCUGGUUCGAAGGAAGCGAUGCGAAGGGGCCAGGUGGGCCGGGUUGGAUAUACGAAGGCGUUGACGAAGCUGAAAAUCUGGACUUGAGCGGUCCAUCAGCAGGUCAGAGCAGCGUGAUGCACGCUCUCGAUAUCUUCCUGAACAUCGAUCACAAGCUUCAGGAACGUCGAUAUCCUGCGCCAUCACCUGAGAACAAGCGGGCGGACCAUGGCUUCAUGGAACGCAUGCGACGAUACAUGCCUGGCCAGCAUCGCGAAUUCUUGAACGUCCUCUCCACCUCUCGCUCUAUCCGACAGCUCGCGCAAUCGACGCCGGCCCUACGAGACGCAUACGACACCGCAGUUACGGCGCUUAAGCGCCUCCGAGAUACCCAUAUCCGAAUUGCUUGCCUUUAUGUCGUCACCAUGUCACGUUCGACGCCCGGUUCACGAGGAGGAUGCCCUGCAGCCGCUAUGAUCGAAAGGCUGCAUGCCAAUCGCCUAGCGGGCAAAGGUCCUGUUCGUGGAACGGGUGGAAACGAACUCUCCAUCCUCCUGAAGGCCGGCAGAGAUGCGACACGGCGUGCGGUCCUCAAACCAUCAUCAUCAUAG